AUGAAUCGAUCGAAUAUUAGAACAGUUAAUGGUGCUAAGCAUAAUGGUCAUCUUGAACAUCGUUAUAAACACGUACAAAAUCGAGCAGCUGCAGUUAUUGAUGCAUGGAAUGAACUCGAAGACGAAGAAUCAAUAGAUCUUAUUGCUCAUCUGCAUCGUAUUUCAAUUGAUCAAAUAAAAAACGACUUGUUAGGUGAACCAUUAGAUAUUAAAAGACGAUUUGGUAUUGCAUCAACUGAUAAAUUAGAACAAACUUUAAGAAAAUGUUUAAAGGAAAUAAAUGAAGGAGUAAAUCAUGCAUUAGUAGCUGUUGCAAAUCAUGUACCAUUUAGACUUUUAUGUUCUGUUCAAAACAAUGGUAAUAUAAGAGAAAUAGCAACAAUAUUUUUGAGUGAUGUAAGGAAAAAGUUUAAAAAAAUUGAUUCAGAAACAACUGCUGUACAUACUGAUAAACCUGUAGAAAAAAGUACAACACUAAAAUUAUUGAAUAAAUCACCAUUUCGUUCAAUUGAAAAUCAGCCAAUCAUCGCUACUUCACCUGAACGAAAAGAACAAUGUAACAAUAUUUUUUUUAUUUUUUCUUGCUGCCAUGUUAGUUGUUCUCUAGCAUCAUCCACAAGACCAUAUCAUACAAGUCAUGCAUUUUCACAAUCUGAUUUAAAAAUGAGGUGGAUAAUGUUAAAUGGUCCUGGUUGUGGUUUGAACAAUCAUGAUGAAUUCGGAAAAUCAAAAAAUAUUUGUUAUAUUAAUGCAAUUAUUCAAUGUUUAGCCAAUAUGGCUCCAUUUGUUCAGUGGUUGUUAGAGAAUUCAAUUCCUAAUCAUUGUUAG